AUGUCUCAAACCAAGGAUACAUUCCUGUAUGCGCUGAGCUCAAAUAAUGCCUGGGCCGGGUACAAGGCGCAUCAGAACCCCAGCUUCUUCUCCAAGCUGGCGAGUGGCCAGACACCUCAGAUCCUGUGGCUAGGGUGCUCCGACUCUCGCUGCCCCGAGACAACGAUCCUGGGCCUGCAGCCGGGCGACGUGUUUGUGCACCGCAACAUCGCCAACAUCAUCUCGGCAACGGACAUCAACACGUCUGCGGUGAUCGAGUUCGCGGUGGUGCACCUCAAGGUCAAGCACAUCAUCCUGUGCGGGCACACGUCUUGCGGCGGCGCGGCGGCGGCGCUGGGCGAGUCGCGCAUCGGCGGCGUCCUCGACACGUGGAUCACGCCGCUCAAGGCGAUCCGGCGCAAGCACGCCGACGAGCUGGCGGCCAUCCGCGACGAGGGGGGGCGGUCGAGGCUCGUCGUCGAGCUCAACGUGCGCGCCGGCAUCGAAGUGCUCAUGUCAAACUUCACCAUCCUCGAGGCCAUCCACGACCGCGGCCUCGAGGUCCACGGCUGCGUCUUCGACAUCGGCACGGGCCGCAUCACGGACCUCAGCAUCGGGACAAAGGGCAAGAGGUUCAACACCUCCUCCGAUGAGGUCGUUCGCGGCAACCACGCUCAGCUGGUCUUCCGGGGCGCCAAUGCCUCCAUGACCGUCCGAUGA